AUGGCUCGGAGGAUCCUGCUCCAUCUCGCCUUCCUGGGGCUUGGCAGCAUCUGGCCCUCGGUUCAGGGGCCCAACUUCCAUGUGCUGGCCGUGGGUAGGUAGAAGAUGUAAGACCUCAAUUCUCUCCUGGAGAAACAAGAAACCACCCAGAUUCCCAAGAACGGGAGUGCACCCCUGCUCGUGAGCGUGCAAGUGUUCGUGUCCAACGUGUUUAACGUGGACAUCCUGCGCUACACAGUGUCCUACAUGCUGAUGCUUCGGCUGUCCUGGCUGGAUGCCCGGCUGGCCUGGAAUGCCAGUACGUCCCCGCGACACGUUGUCACGCUGCCCAUGGACUCCCUCUGGACACCUGGACUCUCCAUCCGGGAGGCGCUCUGGACAGAGUGGAAGGACCAGAGCCCGCAGGCUGCAGUGGCCCAGGACGGCCACGUUGAGAUCAACCUGUCCCUCACCACCGAGGCCAACUGCGACUUCGAGCUCCUGCACUUCCCCCGGGACCAGAGCAGCUGCAACCUGAGCUUCUUCGUUUUCAGCAACACUGCGAGGGAGCUGGAGUUCCAGGCCCAUGUCAGGAAUGAGAUCGUCAGCGUCAAGCGGGAAUACGUGGUCAGUGACGUGAAGACGCGGGCCCUGCCCCAGCAGCUGGUGCCCUGCUUCCAGGUGACGCUGAGCCUGAAGAACACGGCGCUGAAGUCCAUCAUCUCGCUGAUAGUCCCCGGGGAGGUCUUGCUGCUGGCAGACGUGUGCGGGGGGCUGCUGCCCCUGCAGGCCUUCGAGCGCAUUGCCUACAAGGUGACGCUGCUGCUGAGCUACCUGGUCUUCCAUUCCUCCCUGGUGCAGGGCCUGCCCAGCUCCUCCUCCUGCAACCCACUGCUCACUCACUACUUCACCGUCCUGCUGCUGCUGCUCUUCGUCAGCACCACGGAGACCGUGCUGCUCACCGGGCUGCUGGCCCGCAGCAACCUCAGGGCCCAGCCCUGCCCCAGCCCCGCCCCAGCGGGGCCACGAGAGCGUGGGAGCCCAGGGCCUGAUCCUGAAGGUGCCCCCGGAGGAGGAAAGGGGUCAGGGAGAAGCUGGGCCGAGGCGGCCGACCGCGUCUUCUUCCUCACGUACGUGGCCAGCGUGCUGUGCAGCCAGCUCAUCUUUGCCACCAUCUGGAUCUGGGCAACGUGCGAGUCUGACCCGCCCCCCGGGAUGGCCGGCCCCCACGGCGGGCAGCCCAGGUUCUAG